AUGCUGCUUCGGACCAAGAUUCCGUUCCUCAUCCUCCUCGUACUUGUUCUUGUCUGCUCAUUUUCAGGGAGUUAUGGGAGCUAUGAACCUGCAGCAGCAGGGAAUGAUAUCAACACGCAUUUCAAGGCGAUGCAACAAGCAUCAAGAAAACUAUUGAGCAGCGGUGGAGUAAAUGUUCUUGAUUAUCAUGACCCGGGAGCAAACCCAAUCCACGACCCGGGCAAAGGGAGAAGUGGUCCUGGUGGACAUCCAUAA